AUGUUCUUCACGGGAAGCUUGCAAGAGGGCAUCGCCUCUGCGCUUCAGCAGAGCAAAUGCGUAUUUUGCUUCGUGACAGAUGAGCAGGAGGAGAGCCAGCGCUGGGAGACCGAGUAUCUCACCGAGGAUUCUGUCGCUAUUCUGCUCCAAGAUGAAGCCGUCGCCCUGCGUCUGAAGCAGGGCUCAGAGGAGGCCGGCUUCUUGGCCGCCAUCUUCCCCCUCCCCAAUACACCUACCGUGGUGGUCAUCAAGAACGGCGACUUGAAGGAGUACAUCGUCGCAGGCACCACCAAAGACGAGUUUGUCCGACGUCUGACGACUGCGUUCCGCGGUGCUCAGGGCCAGCCCGCCGCAGCGCAACCUGCCCAGCCGGCUCCCGCCCCGGCGCCGGCAGCUCAGCCGGCCGACGACCUGUACGACGAGGAGCCAUAUUCCGCCCCUCAAACUACCACCCAGACCCAACCGCAGACCACUGAACCCACCCCGGCAGCAAACACCCAGACAGACCGCGAGCGCGAAAACGCCCGCGCCCUGCAAGCCGUCCUCGCCGAGCGCGCCGUCCGUCUCGAGGCAGAGCGCGCCGAGAACGAGCGCAAGGCCAAGAAAGCCCGCGCUGCAAGUGCGGAGGCCGACAAUUCCAAGCAGGCGGCGGACACCCGCAAUCACAAGGAGGCCCUCAAGAAGGCGCGCCAGGAGGCCGCCGAGGAAAAGGCGCGGAUCCUCAAGAAGAUCGAGGACGACCGUGCCGAGCGCCGGGCCAAGGCCGCCCAGCGGGCCGCGCUGCGGGAGAAGGAGGCCGAGCCGAAGCUGGGGGACGUCGCUGCGGCGCUGACGAGGUCUGAGUCGAGCUCCCUGGCGCCGGGGAAGUCUGCCUCGAGCGGUAUGACUGCCCUGCAAGUGAGGCUCCUGGACGGGUCGACGAUCCGCAACCGGUUCUCGAGCGGGAAGAAGAUGGCUGAGGUGAGGAAGUGGGUGGACGAGGCGCGGACGAAUGGGAGCAAGGAGCCUUACCGGUUCAAGGUUGUGCUUGCGCCGCUGCCUAGCCGGAAGAUUGACGACACCGAGGAGGGCAAGAGUCUUGCGGACUUGGGGCUCUCGCCUUCGUCCACGCUGGUUCUGGCGCCUGUCGGGGCGCAUGUUAGUGCGUACGAGGGCGAGGGCUUGGGAGGCAUGCUGGUCACGUUCUUGAUGAUGCCGCUGUCGUUGCUGCAAUGGCUCUGGGGACUGAUUACCGGUGUGUUUUCUGGUCUCGGCAGGAGGAACGAAGAGGGGGCGGCGGAGCCGGUCACGGUUAGAGAGCAGCGGAAGGGCAGGUUCUCGCAGUUUGAGAAUGCGGAUGAUCGGAGGGGGGACCAACAGUUCUACAACGGCAACUCGACCAACUUUGAGCCACGACCUGACGAGAAGAAGGAUGAGUGA